ACCAGUUACCAAAUAUCAAAAAGAUGCAGACCUGAAGUUUUUGCCCAUCCCCUCUUCUCCCCUCUCUCUGUACAUCAAACACACAGUCGUUAAAGUGCCUGUACGCGUAGCUUUCUAUUUCUGAUUGUUAUUUUGAAUUUUUUCGAUCUAUUUUAUUUUACCGGCAUAACAUGACUAUUAAUGAGUAUAUAUUUAAUUUCAUUGAUGACAAGCUCAAAUGAAGAGUGAGAAACUACUUAAUCUACUUCUGGUUAGAAUAUUGUUCAUCCUUCAAGGCGAUAUUGAAUAUUUUGCUUAGUUAUCAAAACAAAUAAAUAAAUGAAGGAUAUGGCUCAUGUUUUGGACUCUUUUACGAAUGAGAAUGCUGAUCGAAAUAUUUCAACAUCUGAUGAAAAGAAAGAUGAUAGAGGAAGAUUAAGUCCUACCCAUAGUGCUCAAGGCUCUAUGAGAACAAGCUUAAAAAAAUUAAAUCGAGAAAAGAAAGCCAAAAAAGUUUCAUUUUUUCGAAAUGGUGAUAAGUUUUUUAAAGGUCUUUUAUAUGUACUUUCUGUUGAAAAAGUGCGCUCAUUCGAUGUUCUUUUAGAAGACCUAACUAGAGUACUUGUUGACAAAGUUAAUUUACCAAAAGGUGUGAGAUACAUAUUUACAAUUGAUGGUAAAGACAAAAUUUUAGCUCUUGAUCAAUUAGUAGAAGGUGACAGCUAUGUUUGUUCUUCAACUGAUCAUUUCAUUAAAUUAGAUUAUUUGAAAAAUGAACGUCCUCAUUGGACUGUUACAAAAAAACUAGACGAUAACCUAAUGUUAAAAUGGGAGACUGAUGGACAAAAUAGAGAGAGUAGAGAUUUUAUUCGUCCUAAAUUAAUAACAAUUAUAAGAAAUGGCUUAAAACCAAGAAAAGCUGUCCGUAUUUUACUUAAUAAAAAAACGGCUCACUCAUUUGAUCAAGUUUUGAAUGAUAUCACUAAUGCUAUCAAGCUGGAUACUGGUGCUGUGAGAAAAAUCUUUAGUCUAACUGGCAGACAGAUAACAAGUCUUAUCGAUUUUUUUUCUGAAGAAGAUAUUUUCAUUGCAUAUGGGCCUGAAAAAUACUCUCAUGAUGAUUUUGAUUUAGAUUCUGAAGAGCAUAAAUAUCUUCUACAUAAUGGCAAGAAUGCUGGAAGCUUUCAAAAGUAUGCUCGUCGAUCUGGAAUGUUUCAUAUACAGUCCCCAACUUCAAGAAGAAGAGUAUCAUCACCCUAUUCAUUAAAUGAAGUUUCUCCUUCAAACAGCAGCAGGGGAUCUUUUUCUACUUCACAAAUCUUUCCAUCAAAGUGUCCGAGUCAAAACAAAUAUGAAAAUCAAAAUGGUCAUAGCUUUUUGUCCCACAUACCUCUUCCUAUUAUGCAAAAGUACGACAUUGGUAGAGUUAUUGGAGAUGGGAAUUUCGCAGUAGUUUAUGCUUGCUUUAAUACAUUAAAUAGUUCUGAAUAUGCGCUGAAGGUCAUAGACAAAAAUAAAUGCAAAGGCAAGGAACAUUUAAUUGAGAGUGAAGUUGCAAUACUGAGACGUGUAAAACAUGAGAAUAUAGUACAAUUAAUUGAAGAAUUUGAUUUUGAGAAUGAUCUUUAUUUGGUGAUGGAACUUGUGAAGGGUGGAGAUUUAUUUGAUGCUAUUGCUUCUGCAACAAAAUAUACUGAAAAGGAUGCAAGUUCAAUGGUUCAUGAUUUAAGUAGUGCUUUAUAUUAUUUACAUUCCUUAAAUAUAGUUCAUCGAGAUAUAAAACCAGAAAAUUUGUUGGUUGUAGAACGUGAAAAUGGUUCUCGAUCAUUGAAGCUUGGUGACUUUGGCCUCGCUGUUGAAGUUAAAGAACCUCUAUAUAUUGUAUGUGGAACCCCUACUUAUGUUGCUCCUGAAAUCCUUGCUGAAAGUGGCUAUGGUUUAAAAGUUGAUAUUUGGGCUGCUGGUGUCAUUACUUACAUCCUUUUGUGUGGAUUCCCUCCUUUUGUCAGUCGAAAUAAUGAUCAAGUAGAAUUGUUUGAUCAAAUACUUGCUGGAAAAUUUGAAUUCACUAAACCAUACUGGGAUGAAAUAUCUGAUUCUGCAAAAGAGUUGAUUUCAAUGAUGCUAAAAGUCGAUCCACAAGAUAGAUACUCAGCUGCUGAAGUAGUAGAGCACCCUUGGGUACAUAUGGAUGUUGCUCAUGACACAGAUAUGCAAAAUGCUGUUUCUAGAGAAAUUACUAUGCAUUUUGAUCAUAAACCUAAAUCUUUAAAAUCUGCUGGUGUUGCACUUAUUGCUGCUACACUAAUGGAUAAGUUGUCGCUGGAAGAGAACAAUUUUUUACUGUACAGUAUCAGUAUAUGUGUGUGGUGCUCUCUCUAGAAUAUGUAAUGUUUUAAUGGUUUUUCUUACAUUUUCAAAGAAGGAUGUACAGUAAUAUAUGUGUUGAAAUUUGGCACAAUAUUAAAUCAAAUAACAAAAGUUUUGUAUAUAAUUUUGUUUUUAAUGCUACUCAUAUCUAUUUUUAAUCAAUCUAUGUUUCUGUCUGUGUAGCCAAUUGUACCAAUAUUAUAAAGCAUACAUUUUAUUUUGAACUGUAAGCUACCUCAUAUGAUACCUAAUAUUUUGAUGCCUUUUAUAAUUAAUUUACCACAUUAUACAAUGAAAUAAAUUUUAGUUGAUUAAGAAUUCUGUAUUUUAAAAAUAGACGAGCUGGAGAUAAACUUCUGUCAUGGAUCAGGGCUAAAGAGAGAGUAGAAGGGCUGGUUCACUCCUUUUAAGAAACUCUCACUGCGCCAAACCUCCGAUUUUCACCUGUGGCGUCACGGAGUGUUCAGUCUAACUAAUAUUGGAGCAUUCUUUUUUGUGACAUAUUCCAGGACAUUCAUUGUUUUUUAUAAUGAUUUUCCUCAGUUUUUUUUAAGUGAAUUACAAAAAUUUAAAAUUAUUAACGAAAUGUAAUAUUAACUUACUUAUCAAAGUCAUAGAAAGCUUAGAAAUAAUUGAAAUCGAUGUAAAAUCGCUGUAAAAGCAAUUGUUUCAGAUUUAGGAUGAUGUGGGACACUUUGGAAGAAUCUCCAAAUAACAAUUGAAGCAGUUUAUUUUUUUUAUCAUAUCCGACCUUCCUCAAAAAGUUUCAUUUUUGCUGAUAUACCUAGUUACUGCGGAAUCAUUUUUUAUUGGACUCUGGAAUAAUUUUAGAUGAUGGAACUCUUAUUAACUCUGGAAUUGUUGAAGAAGUAUUAAGAACAGAUACCGGAUAAAUAAAAUUGUGCCACAAGCUAAAAGAGUCAUAUCUCUUAGUUAAAGGUAAUGAUAGACAGAAAGUUACACCAGCAAAGAUGUUAUUCUCUACCACUACAGCAAAAGGAAUAUUAAAGUUAACAAGAAGGCACAUGAUUUUUUUAAAUUGGUAAUUUGUUUGAUGUGAGCAAGAGCUUAGAAUCCCCUCCAGCAAAAAGUAUGUAAGCUGCUUUCGGAAAUUUAAAUUAUUUUCAAUCUCAAUCAAUUGUUCUAAAUGAAGUCAGAGAAGUUGUAAGCAAAAUGCGAGUGCGUGGUAAAAAUUUUCUACUUCCAUUUCAAGAAACAAUUAUUAUCUCUAUGUCUUCAUUAGUCAAAGAUUUAAAAUCUGUUAAGUCCAACGUUAGACAAUGCCAAACUUCAUCUAUCAAAAGGUACCUCAAGAUUGAAUCAAGUUAGCAUGUCUUAUAUACCAGUGAAUUGAUGUUUAAUAAUCGUAGUGGUAGUUGCGCUACAAUACUCCCCCACCAGAAUUUUAUCGGGAAUAGAAUUCGAUGAACGGAUACCACUACCUGCUAUAUUUGUAAAAGACCGGGAGAGCUGGAUUAUGGUCACCAGGUUUUGAGCUUUAGCCAUGAGAGCUAUAUUAAGUUCAUGGUUGUGUGUUACUCCUGUGUUGCUAUUAGCAGUCGAGUGUGUGCAGAAACCAGUUGUGUGUAAAUGAGACUGAGAAGCAACAGUGUGAGGAGGACGAUGAUGCAGUCACAAAUAGCAAGUCAACUGUUCAAGGUGGACCAUCCAUCGAAGUAGGCAUGAUCAUAGCUUGUCCGGGUCACCAAUGUGGGGAAAGAACGUUAGACAAUGUCAACCUUCAUCUAUCAAAAGGUACCUCAAGAUUGAAUCAAGUUAGCAUGUCUUAUAUACUAGUGAAUUGAUGUUUAAUAAUCGUAAUAGUAGUUACGCCACAAAUCCGUCAGAGUAAGAUACAUUUUAACUACUAGAUUAACUCAAGAUGCUCUAGAUAGUUUGUUUAGCUAAAUUAGAGGUUUUUGGCAAAUUUGAUGACCAUCCAAGUCCUGCCGAAAUAAUUAAGAGAUUUAAACACUUGUUAAUUGUAAAUAAGCUACCUAAUCUUAUGUCAAAAGUAUGCACAGAAAUAAAAAAUUCAGAAAUAGGUUAUUUAACUGCGGAAUUAUUAGAAAAAGCGUUUAAUAUCGACACAACAAAAAAUACAGUUUCUGAAAAUAAUAAUAUUCCAGACAACGUAGAAGAUAUACAGUCCUUUGGCAUAUUAUAAGACGCACUAUAAGAUUCCAUGUAAAAUUAUAAUUAUCAGGUGAUACUAUACAGUUGUAUUGUUUUUCCACGGAUGAAACCGAUUUGCCUUUGUUUACGCUCCUGUAUCAAUUGGUUAACAACGUAAUGCAAUGCGUUAAAAAUAAAUACAAAUAGGAAGUAUAUAAAAAAUAUCCUGAAUAAAAACCUAUUACACGUAUAUGUUUAAAUAUAAAAGUAUUGCAUAUAAACUGGUGCAAAUCAUGCAAUUAUUAAAAAACUACAGUGCGUCUAAUAAUUUUAUCUAAUUAUUAUAAUAUAUAAUAUAGUGCUUGAUAUAAUAAAUAUUCUAUAUUUAUACAAUAUAUUGUCUAAUUUAUCUUAUCCUCAAAUUUAACCAAUUGAUAACACUAACGUAAACAAGUGCAAACCGGGUUCAGUCACAUAAAAACAAUAAAGCUGUAUAGUAUCACCUGAUAAUUAAGAUUUUACAUAGAAUCUUAUAGGGCAUUGAAUAAUUUGGUCAGGGACUGUACGUGCAUGACUUCAUUCCUAUGUCUUGGGAUAUUGGCCUUAAUUUGGGAUACAAAGUGAUCAAUUAACAAGAAAAAGGACUAAAUUAAAUUGCUGGUUACAUAGCAUUUCACCUUAAAAAUAUUGAUUCAAAAUUAGGAAUACCAUCUUCUUAGUUCAUCCAACAACAGGGGAGCAACACAAAUGGAUAAAUCUCAUAUUUAAGGGAGGAUUAUUUGUUCCGUCAGCAGCAUGGAUAUAAGAAAUAUGAGAAUAUUUUUCAAAGUGUGCAUGGGACAUCUUAUAGAAAAUCAAAAAGUGUCAUCAAAGAACUUAUAAAUGAAUUAGAGGGACGAUAUCCCGUAGUGAAUAAAACAGCCAUACACUUAUUUUGUCGUCUAAGAACAUUUAUAAGAAUUGCCAUCUAAAUAGAAACCGCCCUGUUACUUCAAAAAGAAAGGCAGGCGAAGAAAAUAAAAACUUAAAUGAAAAAUAUAAAUAAUUAAUAGUUAUAAUUCUUCCAAUUUCAUAACAUAGUUUUUAAUGUAGUUAUUCUAAAUAUUUAUGAUUUUUCUUAAUUAUAUUCUCUUAAAUUUAAAUAUCUAUAAACAAUUGUAAAAUUCCUUAUAUUAUUAUGAACCUAAAUUAUUUUAUUUCAGUAAUUAGCGUUUAAGGUUGUUGUUUUCUAAUGAUUAAGUAUAAACAAAUUGCAUUAACGACAAAUUUAAAAAUCGGGAUUCUAAAUUUAGCCCAACAAAUUAUUGUUAUUGAACAAUAUGUAGCUAAAGUGUCGAUAUAUGCUUUAAUUUUUUUUUUACUAAUAAAAGCUAAAACUAAAAAUUUUUAAAUAAAGUAUUUAUAGCAUCAUCUAUGACAGCUAGUAAAAUAUUAUUAUUAGUUUAAAAUGGUAUUUAUUUUAAUAUUAUGGCCAAGAAAUUUUUUUUGAACAGAAAUGUGUUAAGUUAGAAAGCUAAUAUCAGGAAAAAGUCGAACUUAUUUUUACAGAAUGAUGUGAAGUGUUCAUAAUAUCUUUGCUCGCAGUCUUCGAGUUCUGUGUGCGGCGUGAUGUCAUAAGGAGGGAAAUUGUAGCUUCAGCUCUAAGAGAGAAAUGAACUAGCCCUUCUCUCUUCUCUUUAGCCCUGGUAAUGGAUACUUGCCAACUGUGUUGGUCUACAAAUGUACAAAAACAUGUCUCAGUUAAUGUGUGAAAAAAUAGAAUAACUUUGUUUAGUAGUAUAAUUUUGAUGUUAGAUGUAAAAGAUAAUAUGUGUCAUUAUUUACAUUUUAUAAGUAUUUAUUAUUUUUUAAUAUAAGUUUAAGUGUAAUCAAAUUAAUUUCUUUCUAUGUGUGAAUAAAUGGUAUUUUGUAAAAUAAAAAAACCUAUUUAAGGAAUGUAUUUAAAAUGUGCACUUGUUGCCCAGAAAUAGUGAGAAAUUAAAUAGAAAGUAUUUUCUAAAUAUUUAGUUUUUGUAAGUUAAUAUAUUUCAUGUUGUAGUUAAAAUAGAAUAAAUCGAAGCAUUUCUUAUGGUA